AUGGGGGAAAUUGAACAGAUGAAACAAGAGGCUGAGCAGCUGAAGAAGCAGAUUGCGGAUGCCCGGAAAGCCUGUGCAGACACAACACUUGCUCAGAUUGUGUCUGGAGUGGAAGUGGUUGGCCGCAUUCAGAUGCGGACCCGAAGGACCCUGCGUGGGCACCUGGCCAAGAUCUACGCCAUGCACUGGUCCACAGACUCCAAACUCCUGGUCAGUGCCUCACAAGAUGGGAAAUUGAUUGUAUGGGACACAUACACUACCAACAAGGUUCAUGCCAUCCCUUUGCGUUCUUCCUGGGUCAUGACCUGUGCCUAUGCCCCCUCAGGCAAUUUUGUGGCCUGUGGGGGCCUUGACAACAUGUGCUCCAUCUACAACCUCAAGACUCGUGAAGGCAACGUUAAAGUGAGCAGAGAGCUCUCAGCCCAUACAGGUUAUCUCUCCUGCUGCCGAUUUCUGGAUGAUAGCAAUAUUGUGACUAGCUCUGGAGACACCACAUGUGCACUCUGGGACAUUGAGACAGGGCAGCAGAAGACUGUCUUCCUGGGUCACACUGGAGACUGUAUGAGUUUGGCUGUCUCCCCAGACUUUAAAUUGUUCAUCUCUGGAGCCUGCGAUGCUACUGCCAAACUGUGGGAUGUGCGGGAGGGCACCUGCCGUCAGACCUUCUCAGGACAUGAGUCUGAUAUCAACGCCAUCUGCUUCUUCCCUAAUGGUGAAGCCAUCUGCACCGGCUCAGAUGAUGCCACCUGCCGUCUCUUUGACCUCCGGGCAGACCAGGAGCUCAUAGUGUACUCUCAUGAGAGCAUCAUCUGUGGAAUCACAUCAGUUGCCUUCUCCCGCAGUGGGCGCCUCAUGCUUGCGGGAUAUGAUGACUUCAACUGCAACAUCUGGGACUCUCUGAAAGCAGAGCGUGUGGGAAUCCUCUCUGGCCAUGACAAUAGAGUGAGCUGUCUGGGGGUGACAGCAGACGGCAUGGCUGUUGCCACAGGCUCCUGGGACAGCUUCCUCAAGAUUUGGAACUGA